UUUGUUGUACAAGUGCUCGCCAAUUUGAUUACACCGGAAUUUGUAGAACCAACGCUCGACAGCAAUCAUAUAUUUAUCAUGUAUGCUGACACAACAUUGAGAACAAAAAUAUAUGUCAAGGCACCAGAAAAUACCACAAUGGAGAGCUUCACUGCGCUUGGGAUACAGCAUGAACAAUUUAAACUGUCUUCAUUACAACAAGAUCCAAAGCGACCGCGAGUUAAGUAUGCAAUAAUGACAUGGAAGCCGUCUGCUGGCGAAACUGGGCCACAUAUAGCAUGUGUAAAUGCACGUGAUGAUACCGGGGUAGAUUCGGCAGACGAAAGAUGCUUCAUACUGGAUGUUAUAGGUGACGUCUUCAACCAUACUACCAAAGUUUUUGCGGGGAAACCAUACUUUGUUGACAUUCCAUCACCGGAUCAGUAUGUUAACUGCAAAAUACAUUCGACAUGUGUGGUACCAUUAUAUGUCAAAUCAACGACCGAGGUGGUAGAUGUACGCGUGACAGAAAGCUACAUUGAUCAGUAUCAGUUGGGUCCAAUACAGAUCGUGACACAUAAAGGUGAAACAGUGUUCCAAACGGACCUUUCGUUUGAACACUCAUUGCAUGGGAAGGAACAUAUCUGCUUCAUUGCAAAAAACAAAAAUGG